AUGUCUGCUUUGUUUGAUUCCGAUUUCAACCUCGGCGGUUUCUUCAGUCUAGGAUCAGCAUACAGUGUGUACAGUAAACCUCGCAGUAACUCUGCCGACAGCUUUGAUAGUGCUUGUUCCCCACACAAAGCCGUGCGUUAUCUGCAUCCUCCAGUGCAGCAUGCAAACAGCAGAGGUCAGCAACCUCAACAUAGCAAGUAUCCUGAAUGUGAAUCUGGCAUUAGAGAAGAAACAGUGUAUUAUAAAUCAAACGCAAAUUACAAGGACAUAGACAGAGGGUGGGCUUGGGCUGUACUCGUAGCGUCCUUCUUCUGCAACUGCAUCAACAUCGGCAUCAACAAUUCUGUCGGCGUGCACAACGCCGAGUUCUUGAUUCAGUUUCCCGAAGAAACGCGGAGUUACGUUUCUCUGGCUGGCAGUUUGCAGAACUCUGUUUGUGGUCUGACAGGUCUGGUGAGCGGCAUCAUCGCCAAUAAGUACAGUUGUAGGACAAGCAUUCUUUUGGGUGCCAUUAUUUCAGCGGUCGGCUUUAUUGGUACCGCUUUUGCGACAAAUAUAACAGAGAUUAUUGCAACCUUUGGGAUUGUCGUAGGGAUUGGUACGGGUCUCGUAUACACAUCUACAACAGUAUGCGUUGGUCAGUAUUUUCACAAGAGAAGACCAAUGGCUCUUGGUAUUACUGCAGCAGGUAUGGCCCUGGGACAGUUCAUGUGUCCACCUCUUUUCCAAUUCCUCAUAGACGCGUAUUCCUGGCGAGGAUCUGCCUUCAUCAUCGCAGGGCUGUGUCUGAAUAAUUGCGUCUUUGGAACUAUAAUGAAACCACUAAAAGAACUUCACGUCGAAAGAAAGGGCGUAAUAAGUUCUACAUGUAAAAGUUCUCGUUUGCAGAUGCAGAAAGACACCGACCAAACGUCUGUAGUCAACGGUGACCACGAGCCACGAAAGGAAAGUAGUUGGAUUAACGUGGACGCUGCCAAAGACGACACUGGCCAAACAAGCCCGCAGGCUUUGUCAAAUGAUGCAACAAAGGCUGAUUCUUCCAGUCGUUUUCAUGAUGACAGUGUCAAGCAUGCAUGCCAGUCAAGCCUUUUGGCAAAUGGAAACAAGCACAGCACGCUCGAGUCGUCUGCGUUUCUCAGCCUGUCGAUUGGAGCUUUCAGCAGCAUGACGUCGAAUAUCUCUCAACACUUCGUAUCAAACGGGCAGCUUAAUGCAGCACAAGACAAUGCCAAAUCAGGCUGCUUAGGAUAUAUGAAGGCGAUUGUGGACGCUCGGCCACUGAAGAGUGCGGCGUUCAUUUCUCUAAGCAUUGCGGUAUUCUUUUGGGCUUCUGCUAGUCUCAUCUGCUCUGUUCAUCUUAUCGCUUAUACAUUACAACACGAAACCACCCCUCAGCAAGGCGCCAUCUUGUUGUCAGUUAUUGGCGUGGGGAAUUUUGUCAGUCGUCUGCUUGCCGGGGCAGCUACCAACGACAAAGAGCACGUGGAUCAAGUUACCCUGGGCGCAGGCGUCAUGGGGAUCUCAGCGCUGCUCAUGUACUGUUUACCGUUGUUCAUACAAAGUUAUUGGUCCCAAGUACUAUUUGCUGCACUAUAUGGUGUUUAUUCAACCGUCCUUAUACCUCUGUUGGCACCAAUGACGGUUGAGACUGUGGGACUGUCGUCGUUGGGAGCUGGGUUUGGGUAUCUGAUGGUAAUGAGCGGUAUCGGAUGUGCAAUUGGCCCUCCACUGGCAGGUUAUCUAUACGAUGUCACAAAGGAUUACUCAAAUUCGUUUUAUUUUGCGGGUUCAUUCUCUGCGGCCGGAUCCCUCGUCUUACUGACGAUUCCAGUGCUCGAAAACAGGCGGCGCCAAAUACAGGAGAAAAAUAAUAUGCCUUAG